AUGUUAAGAAAUACAACGAACUACUAGUAAAAUCCGACCCAACCGCUUGGCCAGCCAUCUUAGAAAUUAAACAUUUAAAACCAGGUGCAAGGCAAGAAUCAGGAUGCUAAUAGAUCUAAGCCUAAUUUCCAGGAGCAGGUUCGUCACAACAAUAACGAUAGCGACAUCUCUGACGAAGACAUGGGUGAUAUUGAUGAAAACGUAGUGAACAAUACUGCUGGUGGUGGUGCCUAAAACCAAAGAAAUCAAUAGCAAAGAAAUGAAAACUACGCCGCUCCUCAAUAGUCCUCCAAUUAAAACUCCUAUAAACUCAGAGGCAAUACUCAAAGCCCCCCUAAAUAUAAGUCAGCUGGUCAGUAUUAAUAAUAAAACGACUAAGUAAGUGCAAGAGGACAAUAGACAUAAUCACUUUUAAAGCAACCAGGAUUUCUUGCUUAAAAUGCUAAAUAGCAAACAUCAUCGUCACAGUCUUAAGAUAGUAGAAAAAUUGAAAUGCUCCAAAAGAUCUCAUCCCCAACUUAAUAAUCGAUACUGCCUCAUUAAAUUUAAGGUUAAAAUAUACAAAAGAAUCUGUAUGAAUCAAAUUAGGGUAUUAAUGGUUAGCUAAGCAUUGUAAAUGAGGAGAUAGGUGGAGGUCAGUUGCCAGAUCCCGAGCGUGAGACAGACUUCGGCAAGGCCUACAACAAGUUAGUGAAGAAGUUUUAUCAGGAGUAGGGUCCCAAUCUUUUGAUUCCUGAGGAAGAUUUAUACAAGGUUGAAUAGAGAGGUGUUAACAUUAAUGAAGUGCAAAGAAGAAUUUAAGAAGAUGCGUAGAAAAAAGAGGAAAAAAUCAGAAUGCUUAAGGCAAUUUAAGAAGAAAAAGAGCUUGAAGGUUGCACAUUCGCACCAACUAUGCUUACCAAAAAGAAGAAUAACGUUGGUGGGGAGAAGAGAGACCUCAAUAAGUUCUUGGAAGAUCAAUAGAAAUAUCUAGAACUGAAACAGUAGAAGUAAAAUGAAAGAAAGGAGAAGUAAUUGCAAUCCGAACAAUCUGUGAUGGUUACUUAACCAAUGGUAAAUGAGAAAUCAAAGAAACUAUUAGAGAAAAAAAAGAAGUUGUAAGAGGACUAAAAAGAGACUCUGACUAGAGAGGACACAAAGGAAGGCAAUGAGAAAUAAAAUUAGAGAUAGCCAGGCAGACCAGCCACUGGACAUCAGCAAGACAUGAAAAAGAGAUUAGCUAGCCCAUAAUCAAAUGAGACAUUCAAGCCAAAUAUUUCUAAAAAAUCUUCACAAAUAGCAGAAAGCAAAAGAGCUGGUUAAAAGAUUGAGGAUCAUCUAUUGCUAGAAGGCAAGAAGCUACAAGACAAGCAGGCUAAACGUAUUUUAGAUGAGAAGAACCAGAAAACCACAAAAGUAACUAAUAAGGAAAGUGAGAAGUACAUCAUUGCUAAGUUUAACAGAGAGUUUGAUCAUAUUAUUCAGGAGAUGUUUAAUGAUACUAAUGUACUGGAUGAUGCUGAUCCAAAGUCUAGAGUUUCAGAUGCAAGUCAUAACCUUCAGAAAAAUAUAAACUACCUUAGAUUAAAGGAGUUAUUAAUAGUAAUGGGCAUGAUAAAUGAAGCUGCUGCUAACGCAGAUUCAAACGAUAGAGCCUUACUUUAUGAACUUUGGAAAUUACUCAAUGGUGAAGAGAAGGAAGAAAUCGCCAUUGAUGAUGUCAGACUGGUUAUCAUGUCUAUACUCAGAAUGACAGAGCAUAAGAGGAUUGGCGGUGAAAGUUCUUAAAAGCAAACCUAAUAAGAAUUAGAAGAUCCAAAGAACUUUGGUUUCUAUAACAAUAAAGGCUAAUUCUGCCUUAGAACAGAGGAUAUUCACAAAAUUCAAAAGAUGUACAAUAUCUUCUACCUCAACAGACUUCAGCAUUUGGGGAGACUACUCGAACAAUCAAAACUCGAUAAGGCAAAUCAGGAGCAAUUCAAUUACAAGCCAUAACUCAAUGAAAAUUCAUCAAUCAUUGCUCAGAAAUACAGGCAAAAAGUAGCAGAUCAGAUUAAAGAAGAUAAAGUUACUACAUUUGAGUGGCUUGCUGCGGCAGGCAAUAAGUAAGCAUGGAGAGAUUAAGCCAAGCAAAUUCUUCAAGAAGAGGAAUUAAAGGAAUGCACCUUCAAGCCUUAAUUGAUCUCACAUAACCCCUAGUUAGAUGCUUCCAAGAGUUAGUCAACUAUCCCUUCUCAAGAUAAGUAGAGUGCAGUAGAAAAGAGUAAUAUUGGAGCAGGAUCUCAAAAGUACUAGUAACUUUAUGCUAUGGCCAAGCAUUAAAAGGAUAAGCAAGAUAAAACAAAGGAGGACUAUGAGUUUGAGAGAAACCAGCAGGAAUGUACUUUCCAACCUAAGCUUUAAUCUCAAGGAAAAUAAAGAAAUUAAGUGCAGCAGGAGCCACCUCACCUCUAAAAAGAUAAGCAUGUCUAGAAGUAAAUUGACAGACUUAACAAGGCCAGGGAGGAGAAGGAAAGAAUCAAGAUGUACACAGAAAGAGGUGCUAUGCCACCUAUUAAGCAACCAGGUGAUGCUAUGAACAUAAGUACUAUUUCAGCCACAAGCAAGAGACCAACUUAAACUAAUGCCUAAAAUGUCUAGAACAGAAGAUCGCCACAUGAGGGUCAGGCAAGAAGUAACACUGCCAACCAAUAAAUCAGAAAGAAGAUUGAGAACAACACCAAUAUUGAGUAUGAUAAGAAUGGCUCAAAUUCGAUCUUUAAUAACAACUUGUUGGGUUCCCCUGACAAAGAAGCCUUGAACAUUGAGAUGAAUGGCCACGGAUCACCAGAGUUGAGAGAUAGUGCUUAGAAGAGCACCAUUAGUGACAGGACACCACUCCUCUUCGUUGAUGUUAAUCUAGGUGGGGAUGCCUCCGAGAGAAUUGUUGUGUUUGAGGGAGAUACAGCUAGAGAGUUAGCACUUAGGUUCUGUGAGGAGCAUAACCUUGAUGAGGAUACACUUGAGAAGUUGGAGGAGCUCCUUUAAUCUCAGAUCUCAAGUGUCCUUACCAAGAUUGAGGAGGAAGAAUAGGAGAGCAACGCCUAGAGCCAUGACUAAUACUAAGACUAAGAAUGA